AUGUCUCAACCCGAUACCCAACAAGACAAAAAUACGCACACCUUUGAUUUUGGCAAGAUCGACUGGGAAGCAUAUGAAUCCCAUCGUCCUCCAUACCCGGAAGCUCUGUAUGAUAUCAUCUUCCAACACCAUCGAGAAUAUGCAGGGCGUUGGGACACCGCAUUGGACGUCGGGGCAGGCGGCGGUACCGUGACCAAAGUCCUGCUUCAACACUUCAAGCAUGUCGUUUGCAGCGACGCUGCCGCCGGUUACGUGUCGCAAGCCGAACAUAGAUUCUCUCAAGAGAAGAGCGCCGGACGCGUGAGUUUCGCGCAUCGCAAGUUCGACGAGUUCGACCCGGCCACCGAUCUCCCACAGGGUCGCAUCGUGGAUAUGGUCACUGCCGGAACGUGCAUUCACUUCGGGGAUCCAGCGCAGAUCACGACGCAACUCGCGAAACUGGUCCGGCCUGGCGGGACUCUGGCUGCCUUUACCUACGGUUCACUGCCGAUACUCCCAGCCGACGAGCCAGCGAAAGAGCUCGUUGAUACGACGAAAAACAAGAUCCUGCGUUGGCUUCACGAGAACGUCAAGGCACUUGAUCGGAUUGACGCCACGGGAACGGGACAGGCCCGUUAUGAUAACGUGGACUUCGACCCGGCGCUAUGGACGGAUGUACGACGGAUUACCUCGCUUCCCGAUGAGCAUGUGUGGCCCGAAUGGAUCAAGGCCUCUGAGUCACGGGUUCGCGACGACGUCGAGCGGAAGGAGGCGGUUCAGGAUGACUUCAUCACGAGGCCUGUGGACUUCGAUUUCUUCCCAGAGUACUUUAGGAACCUCGCACCCGGUUAUGACGUGUCGGAUCUGAUCAGAGACGACUUGAAGAAGAUAAAAGGGGUGAUGGGGAGUCGCAAAGUCGUGGCUAAGUGGCCCGUGAUCAUGGUGAUAGCGACCAGGGGUUGA